AUGGAGACACAAACACAGAAUAUCUCAUUUGACACAACUACUCCAACAAUUCAAAGCGAAGAAAUAUAUCUUGCUAGCUCUAAAUUUGAAUCACGUGAUGAUCUGCUAAAAAGUGUACGCGAAUUUUAUGGUAGAAAGGGAUAUGGGUUAUCUAUUCGUGCUUCAAAGAAAGAUAAACAUGUGAUCUUGCAAUGUGACCGAAGUGGCUCUUAUCGAAAUACAGUGCAACUUGGGAAACGUAAAAAGAGCACAACAACGCGUUUAACUAACUGCCCGGUCGAAAUCAUAGGCCAAAAGAGAAGUGAUGACACUUGGACUUUUAAAGCAAAAACCUUAACACAUAACCAUGAGCCAUUAGAAGAUAUCUCCGGUCUUCCAUCAUUCCGUCAAUUGUCACCAAAUAAGGUAAAAAGAGUAAAAGAAAUGACUAUGUCUGGCAUACCUCCAAGACAAAUCCUUAGUUCUUUACGCCAAGAAAACCCAAAAAUUCAAGCAAUCUCUAGAACUAUAUACAACCUGAAGAGAAAAAGUCGUAGAGAUGAUUUGGGAAAUCGGCCCAUGAUUAGUGUCCUCUUUGAAGAGCUUGCAAAAGGUGGUUUUUCAUUUGAUGUUUUACAAAACCAAGAAGGGCGUAUAACCCGUUUGUUCAUUGCGCACCCUUUGUCCAUUAAAUUGGCGAAAGCUUUCUCCCAUACGUUUGUGAUGGAUUGUACGUACAAAACCAACAAAUAUAAAAUGCCUCUCCUUGAUAUUAUUGGAAGUUCAUGUUUCAAUAUCUCUUUUUAUUCCGGGUUUGUUUUUUUGGAAAUAGAGAAUGAAGAAAACUACAUAUGGGCAUUAACUGCAUUUAAAAAGCUUUUUGGAGAAGGUAAUCAACCAUCGGUGCUAGUGACAGAUAGGAAACUUGCACUUAUUAAUGGCAUAAAGAAUGUCUUUCCUACUGCGACGAAUCUUUUGUGUGUUUGGCAUAUUGAAAAGAACGUCGUUGCAAAUUGUAAGAAGCAUUUUCAACAUAAUGAAGAGUUCGACAUUUUCAUGGAAAGUUGGAAAAAUGUGGUAUAUUCAAAAACUGAAGCUCUCUUUGAGAAUAAUUGGUCUGAAUUCAAGUUGUUUUAUAAAGAGAAAAAAGAUGCAGUUGAGUACAUAAAUAAGAUAUGGUUGCCUUGGAAAGAAAAGUUCGUUAGUGCAUGGACUGAUAAUUACUUACAUCUUGGUAAUCGUUCCUCCUCGAGAGCUGAAGGUGCUCAUGCCAAACUAAAAAUGUAUUUACAAGUUUCAACGGGUGGUUUUAAACAAGUGAAGGAUAAGAUUAGUCUUGCUGUUGAGCAUGAAUUUAACGAGAUUGAAGUCCAACUUGCAAGUGAACGUAUUCAAGUUCCUCAUGAUUGCAAUAUGCCUUUCUUUAAGGAGCUCUUAUGUCAUGUGUCUCAUUUUGCAUUGAAAGAGAUAUACAAAAAAUAUGAGCAAGCAAGAAAAGGUAAUAUUUCUGACUUUUAUAUGAAGUCAUUCUUAUACGACUUCAAGUUGUUUUAA